UGACGAUCAAUUACUCAACAAUCAACAACCAGCAUUUGCUCAAAACUAUUCGCUUAACACAAAUCAAUAAAAUGGCUUUCAAAUUCAUUACAUUCUGCGCUCUUUUGGCUGCUGCUAAUGCUGGUUAUGUAUCACCAGUAACUUAUGCUGCUACUGCUCCCGUUGUGAAAUAUGUCAAUCCUGCUGUAGAUGCUGUAGCUACUACUCAACAAAAUGUAGUGCGUUCUUUUGGUGGCACUGUGUCUUCUUACUCUAAAUCGGUGGAUACUCCUUACUCCAGUGUUCGUAAAGUUGAUACUCGUAUCAAUAAUAAUGUCUAUACUCCAGCUGUCGCCAAGACUGUUACCUAUGCUGCUCCCACUGUAACUUAUGCCGCUCCUGCUGUUACAAAAACUAUUUAUGCUGCCCAUGCUACACCUGUAGUAGCCAAAACGGUGACCUACUCUGCUCCCACAGUUUACACCCAUGCUGCUCCUGCUGUUACUAAAACCGUCUACUCCCACGAAUCUCCUUUGGUAUACGCUAAGCCAGCAUUGGCUAAAACUGUUACCUAUGCUGCUCCUACUGCUACUACCUCAUACAAUCAUGGACCUGCUGCUACCACUUACACUCAUAAUGCUCCUGGAGUUUCUGGUUAUGGUACCAGCCAAACUGUUCAUUACUCACCCGCUGAAACUGUCUCGCACAUGAGUUUCGAUGGUUUCGGUACUCACUGGGGUUUUUAAGACUUUAGUUAAUAAUUAUGAAUUUUUCUUGUUGAUUGUUGAAAUAUUUUAUAUUUUUUUAAUAAUAAAGUAAAAUAUGCAAAUAAA